CCCUGUAGCUCAGUUGGUUAGAGCGCAGUACUUAUAAGGAAAAUACCAGUUAAUUUUGUGCUUGGGAAAUGCUGAUGUCCAGGGUUCGAUCCCCUGCUGGGACACAACCUGUAACUUUUAGUCUUUCCCCCUGCACCUGAACAAAAGCACACACACUUUCUUCUUCAUCUUUUUUUUUUUCCCCUCCCCCGCACGCACGUGGUUUUCGCCAAUCUCUUCUACCUCUCCCUGUGUAUCACAUCCGCAUCGCAUCGCAUCGCUUGCUUGCUCCACGAUGGCGGGAAACAAGGCCAAGUACAACCUGCGCAAGGGAGACCGGCGCAAGAAGAAGAUCUUCAAAGAUCCCAAGGGCGAGCGCAGGAACCACGUCCUGUCCAAGAAGAAGGAACGUGCAGUCAUCAGGCAAUUGCGCCACCAGCUCAAGGCGGAAGGUAUUCCAAAGGCAACAAUCGACGAGGUUCUUCCGACAAAGAAGCAGUUGAAGCAGGCACAAAAGCAACAACAGCAACAACUCGCCCUGGAGGCGCCAGCAGCGCCAUCUCUGGAAAAUGACAUGGACAUCUCGGGAGGUGCCGUCGGCGAAGGCGUUGGCAUCACGCUCGGAGCACCAACGGUGUUCCGGGCCUAAGCUUUUCCCUGUGUAAUCGAAUCGAAUCCUACCCAAUAUCUACAUCACAUACGCCCUCGUCCUCUUGCCUCUCCUCGCUACGUUAACCCCCCCCCCCCUUUUUUUCAACACAAAUGUACAUGCGUUUCCUGCUUUGCGCACACCUGGAAUCAUUUGCCGUUUAUUGCUGCGUGUCUUGCGCAUAUAUACAAGCGAUAUGAUCAAGUGACAAGACCACGACACCCGUGUAAUAACCGUAUUACAACCAGCUGUGCGAAGCCUGGUAACCACGCAGUGGCACGCCGCCAGAUGUGCGCGUGUUUCGGGUCCAUCACCCUCCAGUGUAAAUUGCAAUAGCACCAGCAUCAAGCA